UUCCUCCUCCUGUUGGGAGAAGCGCUCAGAUGAGGAGCAGGAGGCGCGCAGACACCGAGCCGUGAGCUCCGCAUUGGGACGCAGCGCUGCGGCCAUGACGCAGAUGAAGAAGCUCUGUUUAAGCUGGAAACUUCAUGGAAACCAGGAGAUGAUGCGUUAAAGUUUGCUGACCUGUCCAUGACGCGCGGCGCUCCCAGGGGCCCCUGACUCCUCUCCUGUGUUUUUCUAUAUUAGAAUAGGAAGGUGCGCAGCCAUGGAUGCAGCAGAGUGCGGAGUGAAGGUGAUGUGCCGCUUCAGGCCCCUGAAUGAGGCUGAAAUCAACAGAGGAGACAAGUACAUCCCCAAGUUUAAGGAGGACGACACCGUGGUGAUCACUGGGAAACCAUACGUGUUCGACCGCGUGCUGCCGCCAAACACCACGCAGGAGCAAGUCUACGAGCAGUGCGCCAAGCAGAUAGUCAAAGAUGUGCUGUGUGGAUACAACGGGACAAUCUUCGCCUAUGGACAGACGUCCUCUGGAAAGACCCACACCAUGGAGGGCAAACUGCACGACCCGCGGCUGAUGGGAAUCAUUCCUCGCAUCGCCCAAGACAUCUUUGACCACAUCUACUCCAUGGAUGAGAACCUGGAGUUUCACAUCAAGGUGUCUUACUUUGAGAUCUACUUGGACAAGAUCAGAGACCUGCUGGACGUGUCAAAGACGAACCUCGCUGUGCACGAAGACAAGAACAGGGUUCCUUAUGUGAAGGGCUGCACUGAACGUUUUGUCUCCAGUCCUGAGGAGGUGAUGGACGUCAUCGACGAAGGAAAGGCCAAUCGCCACGUGGCAGUGACAAACAUGAAUGAACACAGUUCCCGCAGCCACAGCAUCUUCUUGAUCAACAUCAAGCAGGAAAACGUUGAAACAGAGAAGAAACUGUCAGGGAAGCUGUACCUGGUCGAUCUUGCUGGCAGCGAGAAGGUCAGCAAGACUGGAGCUGAGGGGGCGGUGUUGGACGAGGCCAAAAACAUCAACAAAUCUCUGUCUGCACUGGGGAACGUCAUCUCUGCUCUGGCUGAAGGGACCAAAACCCACGUGCCCUACAGAGACAGCAAGAUGACCCGGAUCCUGCAGGACUCCUUGGGAGGAAACUGUCGCACCACCAUCAUCAUCUGCUGCUCGCCGUCCAUCUACAACGAGGCAGAGACCAAGUCCACACUUAUGUUUGGACAGAGAGCGAAGACCAUCAAGAACACGGUGUCUGUGAACCUGGAGCUGACGGCUGAGGAGUGGAAGAAGAAGUAUGAGAAGGAGAAGGAGAAGAACAAGAGCCUGAAGAACGUCGUCCAGAGGCUGGAGGCAGAGCUGAACCGCUGGAGGAACGGGGAGAACGUCCCUGAGGAGGAGCGGCUGAGCUCUAAAGAUCAGAAGAACAUCGAGCAAUACGACAACACUCCCAUCAUCGACAACCUGCCGCCAGGUGGGGGAGGAGUCUCUGGCGAAGAGAGGAAAACAUACGACGAGGAUAUCAGGAACCUCUACAAGCAGCUCGAUGACAAGGAUGAUGAAAUCAACCAACACAGUCAGCUGGCCGAGAAACUUAAAGAGCAGAUGUUGGAGCAAGAGGAGCUGUUGGCGUCUACGAGACGGGAUUACGACAAGAUCCAGGAGGAGCUGUGUCGGCUUCAGACGGAGAAUGAGCUGGCAAAGGAGGAGGUGAAGGAGGUGCUGCAGGCCCUGGAGGAGCUGGCCGUCAACUAUGACCAGAAGAGCCAGGAGGUGGAGGAACGGGAGCAGCUCAACCAGCAGCUAACAGAGGAGCUGCAGCAGAAAACCAGUCUGCUGUCGGUGGUCCAACGGGAGCUGAUUCAUCUGGAGGAGCUGAAUGGUCUGCAGAGGAAGAGAGCUGCGGAGGUCCUCAACCUGCUGCUGCGAGACCUCAGCGACAUCGGCGCCAUCAUCGGCACCGGCGACAUAAAGGCGACCUCUUCUGCAGAGGCCAAGGGGAACGGCUCGUCAGUGGAAGAGGAGUUCACCGUCGCUCGGCUCUAUCUCAGCAAGAUGAAGUCUGAGGUCAAGUCUCUGGUGAACCGCAGUAAGCAGCUGGAGAGCAGCCAGGCCGACGCCCACCGCAAGAUCCAGGCCAACGAGAAGGAGCUGGCGUCCUGUCAGCUGCUCAUCUCACAGCACCAAGCAAAGAUCAGGUCUCUGACCGACUACAUGCAGAACAUGGAGCAGAAGAAGAGGCAACUGGAGGAGAAUCAAGACGCUUUGACCGAGGAGCUCGCAAAACUGCAGGCUCAGGAAAAACAUCAUGAGGCGCUGAAGGAGGACCUCCACAGGCUGGAUGGAGAAGAGGUGCUGAAGAAAACGAUGGAGGAGCAGCUGGAGACCAACAGGGAGGCUCAUCAGAAGCAGCUCAGUCGCCUGAGGGACGAGAUCGAAGACAAGCAGAAGAUGCUAGAUGAGCUGACAGAUCUGAACCAGGGUCUGCUGCUGGAGCAGGAGAGACUGAUGUCGGAUUAUGAAAAGCUGAAGAAUGAGGAACAGGAGAAGGAUUUGAAGUUACAGAAGCUCAUGCUGCUGAAUGAACACAGGGAACAAGCCAGAGAGGACCUGAAGGGGCUCGAGGAGACUGUGGCCAAAGAGCUGCAGGCUCUGCACAAUUUGCGCAAACUCUUCGUUCAGGAUCUCACAGCACGAGUUAAAAAGAGCGCUGAGAUCGACUGUGAGGAGGGUCUCGGUAACAUCGCUCAGAAGCAGAAAAUCUCCUUCCUGGAAAACAAUUUAGACCAGCUCACCAAAGUCCACAAGCAGUUGGUACGAGACAACGCAGACCUACGCUGUGAGCUCCCCAAACUGGAGAAACGUCUGCGUGCCACGGCUGAGCGAGUCAAAGCUCUGGAAAACGCCCUGAAGGAGGCCAAGGAGAACGCCAUUAGGGACCGCAAACGCUACCAGAAAGAGGUGGACCGCAUUAAGGAGGCAGUCCGAGCAAAGAACAUGGCCAGGAGGGGUUAUUCUGCACAGAUUGCGAAGCCCAUCAGGCCAGGCCAUCAUCCGCUAUCGUCUCCCCUCAUCGGUAGCACCAGAAACGGAGGAAUCUACAAUCAUAACUGAAACAGGAAACCUGUGAGGGCUUCACUAGAUUCUUCCAUGGUUCAGACAGAAAAGCUAAAAUCCAUUCAGAUGAAGUUUAUUUCUGGCCAGUAUUGUUACUUUUAAAGGCUUCACUUUAAUCUCCAGAUAAAGGGACAUUUUUUUUACUUUUCAAUAUAUUUGUUUGAACCCCCCACAUUUAUUUUACAU